AUGGAUGUGUUGAUAAUUCAAAUUUGCAAAAAUACAAAAGAGGCGAGAGAAAUGGCUUUGACUGGAAAAUAUGAAUCAUCAGAAAUUUAUUAUCAGACAGUAAUUGAGCAAAUAGAAACAUUGAUGGAAAGUAUCAUAAGCGAAACCCGAAGAGCAAAAUGGUUUCAAAUUCAGAAUCAAAUUACUGACGAGUUUGAACAGGUUAAAGCCGCUUCGUAUGCUUUAAAUCUUUUUCAAAUGGAUAUUCAGAGAAAUUCAUUUCUUGCUGGAAAGUCAUCUUUAUCCCACGAGGAACCAACGAGAGACACUGCUUCUGGAAAUGAUUCUUCAGAAAAUUGUUAUCAACUUUUUCGAUCCGUACCUUCAACUCCAUCAAAAGGUUUUACUCAGGAUUCCGAAAUUUGGCGUACAACUUCACAACCAGAUCAAAAAAAUCAAAGAUCGAGCAGAAUUCAACAAAGAAUUCAGCCAACAAACACAACACUGCGCAAACCAUUCGAAACAACUUUAAGGAAGGAUGGAAAUAAGAGUGAUUUGAAAAAAACCAAAAAGAAAGCAAUCGAAAAAGAAGAAUCAAAUAAAUUUCUCUCUUAUACAAACAGUCGAAAAAAAGAAACAUCUCCUAAAGCUCCUUCCAAAUCUCAUACAGAAAAAUUUAAUUCAUCCGGAAAUUUAAAUAAACUCAUAGAACUAUUAGAAAAGGAUAUUCUUCAAAAUAAUCCAAAUAUUCAUUGGGAUGAUAUUGCCGAACUCCAUCAGGUUAAACGACUCCUUGAGGAAGCUGUGAUUCUUCCAAUUUUGAUGCCAGACUUUUUUAAAGGAAUUCGAAGACCAUGGAAGGGAGUUUUAAUGGUUGGUCCACCUGGAACGGGAAAAACAAUGUUGGCUAAAGCAGUAGCAACUGAAUAUGAAACUACAUUCUUCAACGUCUCCCCAUCGACUGUAACUUCAAAAUAUAGAGGCGAGUCUGAAAGACUAGUACGACUUUUAUUUGAAAUGGCAAGAUUUCAUGCACCGAGUACAAUUUUUAUCGAUGAAAUCGAUUCGCUUUGUUCAAAACGUGGUUCAAAUUCAGAACACGAGGCCUCUAGGAGAUUCAAAUCAGAAUUUCUUGUUCAAAUGGAUGGAAUUUGUUCAAAUAUUGAAGAUGAACCAAAAGUUGUAAUGGUUCUUGCUGCGACAAAUUAUCCUUGGGACAUUGAUGAAGCAUUGAUUAGACGUUUAGAAAAACGAAUAUACAUUCCUUUACCAAAUGAUGAAGGAAGAUUAGAAUUAUUAAAAAUAAGUCUUCGGGAUGUUAAAAUUGAUCCAUCAGUAGACCUCAGUGAAAUGGCGAGUAAACUCGAUGGAUAUUCUUGUGCAGAUAUUGCAAAUGUUUGCAGAGACGCAUCAAUGAUGUCAAUGCGUAAAAAAAUCGCUGGCUUGAAACCUGACGAAAUAAAGCAGAUUAAAAAAGAUGAACUGGAUUUGCCCGUAACAUCGGCAGAUUUUUACGAGGCAAUUGAGAGAUGCAAUAAAAGCGUUUCCGCCGAAGAUUUGAAAAAGUACGAAAAAUGGAUGAGAGAAUUCGGAUCAUGCUAAAAACCACCUUUCGCAAUUUUUUUUA